CGGGAACCGGAAGCGCGGCGCGGAGGGGGCUGCGUGGGGGGGCCCCCGCUGCCCCGCGGCCGAGAGGUGAGAGGUUCCGGAGGGCCGCGAGUCCGGCUCCCCGCGAGUCAGAGCUCCGCGCGCCCGGAGAGGCCUGGCGCCCGGGGACGGUGGCGGGGCCGGUGUGCUCCCGCGCUUUGGGCGCGGAAGCGGCGGGGAGGCCCGACUCUGCCGGGGAGAGGGGCGGCGGCCCUGGGUGCAGUUUGCCACCGCGCACGCCCCGGACCCGCACCCCCGGCCCGCCUCUGCCCGCUUCUCCGAGGCGGCUGCUCGGCCGCGUCUCCCCGCGUCACCGUCCCCCGGACGCCAUCCCCUGGCGGGGCCGAGCACCGCUGCUGCCGGAAGCAGGUGCAGCCAUGCAGGAAAACCUCCGGUUUGCGUCGUCGGGAGAUGACAUUAAAAUAUGGGACGCUUCGUCUAUGGUGCUGGUGGAUAAGUUCAACCCCCACGCGGCACCGCAUGGCAUCAGCUCCGUGUGUUGGAGCAACAACAAUAACCGUCUAGUGACAGCAUCUUCCAGUGGUGACAAAAUAGUUGUUUCAAGUUGCAAAUGUAAACCACCUAUUCCCAUUUUCGAGCUUGGUAAAGGGGAAAAGCAGACAUGUAUCAAUUUAAAUUCAACUUCUAUGCAUUUGGUAAGCGGAGGCCCAAAUAAAACUGUUAAUAUUUGGGAUUUAAAAUCAAAAAGUGUUCAUCGAACUCUUAAGGAUCAUAAAGAUGAAGUAACAUGUGUAACAUAUAAUUGGAAUGACUGCUACAUUGCUUCUGGAUCUCUCAGUGGCGAAAUCAUUUUGCACAGUGUAACCACUAAUUUGUCCAGUACUCCUUUUGGCCACGGUAGUAAUCAGUCUGUCCGGCAACUGAGGUACUCCUCAUUCAAGAAGUCUCUACUGGGCAGUGUUUCGGAUAACGGAGUAGUAACUCUCUGGGAUGUGAAUAGUCAGAGUCCAUACCAUAACUUUGGCAGUAAGCACAAUGCUCCGGCUUCAGGCAUCUGUUUUUCUCCUGUCAACGAACUGCUGUUUGUAACGAUAGGGCUGGACAAGAAAGUCAUUCUUUAUGACACUUCAAGUAAGAAAGAGUUGAAAACUUUAGUGGCUGACACUCCCCUGACUGCAGUAGAUUUCAUGCCUGAUGGAGCCACUCUGGUGAUCGGAUCUUCCCAUGGGAAGCUACAUCAAUAUGACCUGAGAAUGUUGAAAUCACCAGUGAAAACCAUCAGUGCUCACAAGACAUCUGUGCAGUGUAUAGCAUUUCAGUACCCCACUGUUCUUUCUAAGUCAAGUUUAAAUAAAGGCUGUUCGAAUAAGCCGACAACUGUGAACAAACGGACUGUUAAUGUGAAUGCUGCUGGUGGAGGAGGCCAGAAUUCUGCAGUCACCAGAGAGUCAGCCCAGGCUUCCACUGCUGCAGCUGUACUGCAGCCCAUGACAACAGCAGGGGUGAAAGGGACAGUCCAAGACAAAGCAGGUUUACCUCAAAACAUAAACACAGAUGCUUUAUCUAAGGAAACAGAAAGUGGACAACGUCAAGACCUCUGCAGCCUUGAUGGGACUAGAAAUAGCAGUUUAGGCGACAUGUUCUCACCUCUCAGGGAUGAUGCAGUAGUGAACAAGGGAGGUGAUGAGUCAGCAGGCAAAGGCUAUGCCCUUGAUUUUCUACCACAGUUGAACUCAGUGUUUCCUUCAAGAAAAACUUCAGGCACUUCAGUAUUGCAUUCUAGUCCUCUUAACGUCUUUAUGGGAUCUCCAGGGAAAGAAGAAAAUGAACAUCAUGAUCUGCUAGCUGAGUCUAAGAAAAUGUAUCUGGGUAAACAGGAACCUAAAGACUCCUUGAAGCAGCUUGCAAAAUUGAUCUCCAGUGCUGAAACUGGAAAUCUGAAUAUCUCUUCAUCUAACCAAACAAGAAGUCCAGAGAAGUUAGAAAAGGCAGAAAAGGAAUUUGAAGCCCAAACAAUAUAUGAACACCCAGUCAAUGGAACCUCAACGCCAAUUCCAAAGAUAGCAUCCUCUGUCACUGCUGGAGUUGCCAGUUCACUGUCAGAAAAAAUAGCCGAUACUAUUGGGAACAAUCUGCCAAAUGCACCACUGACAUCUGUUCAGAUUCGCUUCAUUCAGAACAUGAUACAGGAGACACUGGAUGACUUCAGGGAAGCAUGCCAUAGGGACAUUGUGAAUUUGCAAGUGGAGAUGAUUAAACAGUUCCAUAUGCAACUGAAUGAAAUGCAUUCUUUAUUGGAAAGAUACUCAGUGAAUGAAGGCUUAGUGGCUGAGAUUGAAAGACUACGAGAAGAAAACAAAAGACUUCGGGCCCACUUUUGAAAUUUCAGUGAAUGCCUUAGUAUUCUGCAAUUCAGGAUAUUUCUACUAACAGAAUUUCAUGGAAUCAGUUUUUUUUUUUUAGGCCUUUGGAGGAGGGAUUUUUUUUUUUUUUCAAGUAAAAGGGUGAUGGAAUUUUACACUAACCAUUAUCCCAUCCUUUCUAUCAAAAUAUUUAUAUUUUUAUAUUAAAAUUGUGCAUCAUCUACCUGAUAGGAAUGUCAAAAGGAUCUUUAUUUUCUGAAAGCUUUAGUUACACACUAAGUGCCCUUUACUCAUAAAAGAAAACCGUGCAAAGAUACGUUAUGUAUGUUUCUUAAUCACUUUUUUAACACAUAUAUAUAUUUUGACAAUUGCCUUACAAAUUUUUUUCAAGGACUUGAGGGCUAAAGAGUUUGAUACUCAUUCUAUUUUUAUGGACGAAGUGGAUUUUUAAAAUGGCGAUUGGUGCUUCUAUACAGCGACUAAUAAAACAUAGGACUGGCUGUUAAUCAUUUCAGCUUGAGGAAGUUAAGCAUGACUGUUAUUUAUUCCUGUAUAUUGGAUGAGAUAAAUUUUGGGACUUUGAAUUGAACAGGUUACAUUUUAUAUCAAUUCCAUUUAUGUGACGGUAUUAUAUGUCUGUCAUUUCUCUACUCUUGAGUUUUUCUAGUGGUUUACUUCAUUAAUUAUUAUAAAGGUUUACUUUAAGUGUAUUUAAGACUCAGCCGGAGCUGUGUGUCUGCUGAUUAUUUCAGAAAAUCCUAACAUAGAAAAUUAAAAAGUUUAAAUCAAUGUGAUUCAGCUUACAAUCAAGGAGCAUUUUAUAUUAAAUACCAAAUAUCACAGUAAUGACAUCUGUUUCUCCCAGAUGCAGUGUGGGUUAUUUUGUUUUGCGGUUCCUAUCAUUAACAUUCUCUGGUUCUUUGUGUACAGUGUGAUGUUUAUUACUUAGCUUGCCAUAAAGUUUAGAAAAGCUAGUUGUCAGAAUAUUCAUCUUUUUUCUACAAUAGGUGUAGACAUCUUCCACCUUCUGUGGUCUUCAGUUUCAGUGAGGGUUUUUGAGGGCUACUGAGCUGUCUUAACUUCUUGUAGUGUCUUGUCCCAAAGAUAGCCUUUUCUCCAGCCGAAUUUUGACCUGUGAGAUGAAAGGCUUGUCUUGCUACCUUACUAACUUUAUGGCUUUUUAUAAAGCAAUGGAAAUUUUAAGGGCAUAUUUAAUACAUGUAAAUAUAGUAGCAGUGACUUCAAGAAAUAAAAACUGAGAGAUUACAUUUUACCAGCAUGGCUCAGAGGACAUGCUUGAACUGAAGCGUAAGGGAAGUGCUUUUCUGCUCUUUUCCUGUCAAAUUAUGAACAGUAUUGUGACUUGUAGCAAGUUUCCUUAUGGAUGAGUAUCAGACAGGUUAAGACAUGAAAAUGUGUUUUUGCCUCCAUGCUGAAUUUACAUGCAUUAAUAUUUUCCUAUUGCCUUUUUCUAUAAAUGCACAUGUGUAUGAAAAGAGGUAAGAUCAAUAAAACAAUUUUUUAAGUUUCUGUGUA